CACUUGACCCGGAAGUUUACGUCAUUUGUUUCUCCCAGCAACAAACUGAGCCGUUAGCCGUUAGCCGUUAGCUGUUGUUCUGCUGAACGCGGAGACUAAUUUCUCUCACAGUUUUCUGCUCACACACUUAAAAUGGCUGAAGUGGAGGAAACUCUGAAGAGAAUUCAGAGCCAGAAAGGAGUUCAGGGGAUCAUCAUCGUCAACUCUGAAGGAAUCCCCGUCAAGACGACUCUGGACAACGCCAGCACGGUGCAGUACGCAGGACUGAUCCACCAGUUGGUGAUGAAGGCCCGGAGCACCGUACGAGACAUUGACCCCCAGAACGACCUCACCUUCCUCCGUAUCCGCUCCAAGAAGAACGAAAUCAUGAUCGCUCCAGAUAAGGACUAUUUCUUGAUCGUCAUUCAGAACCCCUCGGACUGAAAAAGACGGAGCAGCUCCCGACUCUCUCUUUGUGUCUUUCAUAUUUAAACAGCCGAACAUUUUUCUUUGUUUCGCUAAAUCAAAAGAAUCUGUUUACCAGAAGCUUUUAAUGCACUUGCUGUACCAGGAAUUAAAGACAGGAUUUGAAGGUGGAUGAAAUUUAAUCACUCUGCUCAGUGACAAGAUGUGUGAAACAGACACAGUCUGUCUGCAGGAAAAUUUAUUUUUCCAUGUUUUAGCAUUCCAGUUCAGCCUCCUCUCUUUGCAUACUGUAUGUUAUGUCACUAUGUUUAUUUCAGAGGUAUUUUAGCACCUGGUGAGAAGUGCAAACCUGCUAAAAUACCUCUGACAGAAGUAGGAAACUUAAAACUGGACCAGUGCAUACAGUACAUGUCUGUAAAGUGCACAGGAGAGAAAGACCACAGCACAUUUUAAGUUUGAGAAUGUUUCUCAGUCGUACCUUUAUGGAAAACCUGGGAUUGUUAUUUAUUCUUUUGUUGGCAAAAAGAUGUUGAAGUACAGUAUUUCACUGGUGAGCAGCGAGCUACACUACAAACCCCUCCCUGCUCUUCUGUGUCAAGUUUCUGAUUUUUAAAAGAUUAAGAAAUAAAAAAGUAAAAAUGG